UCCUAUUGGCCAGCGGGCUGUAACCGUUUGACUUUGGCCGUUCUUGCCGUACUUUCCUGUCAGAUCGGCACUCGGGACGGAGACAGCGAGCGGAGCGGCCGGACACACGGAGACCGACACACUGCAUUCCGCGUAUAUUGGAUUACACACCCGGCCAGGGUUACGGGCCAACACCAUGACGGACAUCGCCACACCGCUCGCCCAGCACACACAGCAGGAUAUGGAUCUCAUUGAUAUCCUUUGGAAACAAGACAUUGAUUUGGGAGUUGGCCGUGAAGUUUUUGACUAUCAACAAAGACAGAAGGAUUAUGAGCUUGAAAAGCAGAAAAAGCUUGAAAAGGAGAAACUAGAACAACUCCAAAAGGAACAAGAGAAGGCAUUUUACAUGCACCUGCAAUUGGAUGAAGAGACAGGCGAAUUCAUUCCUAUGCAACAUGCACCACCUGUGGAGAUAGCAGCAGUAGAAUCUGCAACACUUACCAAUUCCUUGCAGAAUAAGGAUAGUCUGGGAACAGAAUCCACCCUGUCUUCUGAGGACUUAAUUUAUCUUCUAACUGAUGCAUUCCCCUUUGCGGCUGAUAGUGAGCCAUACCAACCAUGGGUACCAGAGGCACCAAUUGAAGGCAACCAGAACUUUCUUUAUUCGGGACCAAACGUGGAAACAGACAGUUUGAAAAACACUGUUGCUGGUGGAGAGAAUGUCCAUGAAAUGGAACAGGCUUGGCAGGAAAUAAUGUCUAUUACAGAGUUAAAGGGUUUGAACAAUGAAAUGAAUAAUAUGAUCGAUUUGAGUAUGUAUUCAAAUACAGAAUGCCCGGCCAUGACAGACACUGCAAAUAAUUACAGCUUUCUCAAUCCAAUGCCGGCUAUUGAAAAACCAAUUAACAACAUUAUUUCAAAUCUCCCCAACAACUUAGGGGCCUCUUUUGCUACUGGAAUCCCUGACGUAAACACAAAUGCAUCCUUCAGCAUGGAUUCCUUCUGUGACAAUCUCUUGACCUUUAUCGACACAAAAUUGACCAAUGUUGUGCCUUCAGAAGUUGCUUCGAACCAGUGUCUAAAAGAACUUUUAAAUGACACAACUGACAUUAAAGACUUGUCAUUAUGUAAAGCUUUCAAUGGGAACAGUACACCAGAAUUUAACGAUUCUGAUUCUGGGAUUUCAAUCAACACAAGUCCAUGUGGGACAUCACCAGGACAGUCUAUGAAUUCCUCACACUAUGGUGAUGGUCAUUUUGGCUACAGUGAUUCCGAAAUGGAUGACAUGGACAGUGCGCCUGGAAGUGUACACCAGAUCCUUCCAGAAAAAAACAAAAGUACAAUUUCAGAGGAUGCAUUCUUUUCACUCUCACCUUUCAUACCACAAGACAUGGUUUCUUUCGAAAUGGAUGAUCUCGGCCCAUCCGCUAAUGACCUGGUUACUGCCCCUGGCCACUCAAAAGCUCCAUUUACUAAGGACAAGACAUUAAGUCGUCUGGAAGCUCGUUUCACUAGAGAUGAGCAGAGAGCCAAAGCUCUCAAAAUACCAUUCUCUGUGGAUAAAAUUGUUAAUCUUCCUGUGGACGAAUUUAAUGUAAUGAUGUCCAAACAUCAAUUCAAUGAAGCUCAGCUUGCCCUCAUUAGAGAUAUCCGGAGGCGUGGCAAAAAUAAGGUGGCUGCCCAAAAUUGCCGAAAGAGAAAAAUGGAAAAUAUAGUAGAGUUGGAAAACGACCUGGACACGCUGAAAUAUGAAAAAGAAAAAUUACUUACUGAGAAAGGGGAGUACAAUAACAGCCUUUUUCUUCUGAAAAAACAGAUUGGUACCCUCUAUAUGGAGGUCUUCAGUAAGUUACGGGAUGAGGAAGGAAAGCCAUAUUCCUCUCAAGAAUACUCUCUUCAACAAACAAAAGACGGAAAUGUUUUCCUUGUUCCCAAAGCAAAGAAGCUUGAGAUUAAGAAAGAGUAGUAGUGUGCUAGUUUUUGUAGUUUCUUCUUGUUCAUUUUGAAUCAUGCUUAGGGUGGGUAAAUGGGAUCUGCGUAAGGGGUAUAUAGCUCUCUCAAAACUAGCAUCCUUUUUACUUAAUAUGGACAAAACAAAGACUUCUUAAGAAAAGAAAAAAAAAAUUGCUAUGCCAGCCCAGUUCAAUUUAUUUUUUUAGACUGUCUCAGGAUUCAAUAUGUAUAAUCAAGUGUAAUAGAAAAUUUUAUUUUAAUGUAAUAAAUAUUUACUUUUGUUUUGUCUUUUUGUUUGUUUAGAGACUAAGUUUGAAAUGCUAAUUCCACAUUUAUGUGCUUUUACAAACUUUGAAUACAUUUUAAGUUUGCUACCCACCAACUAGAGCCAAAGCAAGCUUUCUUAUUAAUAUUCUCUCUAUCAUUAUUUGGCAUAGAGAGGUUAACUUUGUUCAUAGAUACUGACCCAUCUAUAACGCGAAUUAAACAGGAAGGGUUUUGUCUUUUCAUUUGGCCUUUUUAGGCCACAUUUAGUAAAAAAAAAUCUCUCCAGUUAUUCAGUAAAAUGGAAAUACAAUUAUUUUCAGUAGAAGUUAUCUUCUAAAGGUAACUAAAAAUGAGGGCAUUUUAACUGAACACGGGCUGUGUAUGUAUUGUGUACCAUGUUAUCUUCUUCAGACUGUGUGCACUCUGCAAAUAAAAUUCAGUUUAAAAA